GCGACGUAGAAAUGCAUUCCUUUGGGCGCCCCAACGUGGAAUUGGCCCAGUUCGCUCAUGCCGCAUUAUGCCCUUUGGUGACAGAGCGGUAGGUCACACCGAUGUUGAGGUAUGGGCUAUGUAGGCGCAGAAUUGAAAGAGGAUGCGUCGGUGGUGGAGCUAGAGCUGCUCCGGAGUGUGAUGUGUGGAGUCGCAGAGCCCGCGGAGAGCUCUGGAAGGUCCAGCGCGUCCAGCGCUUUCGGCUUCCGCCGCGACCGCCGAGCACUGUGUGCAGCGCUGCAUGCCGCAGAUCCAGCGCUUGCACCGCCGCCGCAAGCAACUCCAGACAUCGGGAUGGCAGAGUUGGCUAGAGACUAUGUCCAGCAUUUGCGCACCCAACAGGGAGCAGUGCCAUCAGCGUGGCGAGGUCUCAAUUGGACGGUCCCGUUGAGAAGAUUCAAAGACAAGGAUCGGCAAAUCCUAUCUCCUUCAUUCGUUGUCCGCCUCGAUGAUGAGCCUGCUGACUUCAAGGUCAUUCUCCGGUCUGAAAAGGACAGCAGCUUCGCCAGAUCUGGCGGAAAAGGAUUCGUGGAGGUGAAACUCGUCAGUGAGAUUCCAAGCUGGAGCCGCUUGCGCCUGCAGCUGACACUUGGCGGGCUGCCUUGCGCGGUACAAGAUCAUGAUUUUUCAGUUGGUGUUGUUGCUCGUUUUGGGGAAGGUGGCUGCAAAGAAAGGCCAAAGAUCUUCAACUUUACGGAGGCCCUGACAGAUUUGGUGGUAGUGCUUGAAGUUAUGCCCGUGCCAGCUGCAAGUGAGAUGCCCAAGAAGCCGCAGAGCAUUUUUUUGUAGACUUCCUGACCGCUGGCUGCGAUCAAGAAAUGAUGGGCGAUCUCAUGCCCUGACCACAUUUUAAUACGUUUGUUUUGAG